AUGGAGGUGGCAACAAUGGCGGUUGGAAUGGAGGCGGCAACCAAGGAGGUGGUAACAAUGGUGGAUGGCAUGGAGGUGGCAACAACGGUGGUUGGCCUGCAGGUGGCAACAACGGAGGUGGCAACAAUGGUGGUUGGAACGGAGGUGGCCACAACGGUGGUUUGCCUGCAGGUGGCAACAACGGAGGUGGCAACAACGGUGGAUGGAAUGGAGGUGGCAACAAUGGCGGUUGGAAUGGAGGCGGCAACAACGGAGGUGGCAACAAUGGUGGAUGGAAUGGAGGCGGCAACAACGGUGGCUGGCAUGGUGGCGGUCAGAGCGGUGGCGGCUGGGGUGGCGGCCAGGGCCAAAACCCUCCCUCCAGCCAAUGGGGCCCUGACAACAAUUUUGGCUGGGGACAUGGAGCUCCCGGUGAGACGUGUUGCAUGUGCUCACGGUCAAGCAGUGGCAAGACCCAACUGUAUGCGGCUGGAGAUUACAGCCACAAUUAUGGGCCACCAGACUUUCUGGGACAAGCUUUGUGCCUUGCAGCACGAGCUGUCGGAGGUUGAAAGGAAGAUCAACCGACACACCUCACUGCAGAAGGCUCGCCGAGCCGGGUGUACCCGAAAUCGCCACGGUUGGGUGAUUCUGCAUCAGGGCCGGCCGACCUCUGUCGCCAAGCGCUUUCGACGGAUGCUGCCCCCGGAGCUUGCAUCGGCUGGAAACUCACCAGCACGACCUGCAGCCGUCUCAGGAUUCAUGGAUGAGCGCGACGCGGAGAUCUGCGUUCAAUCGGAGGUUUCACCGAAGCGGCGGCCCGCUCCCGCUCGAGCAAAGCCUCAGCCCAGGGAGCCUCAGCUGCUGCCGGCGGCCAUAGCACCCACCUUCUGCCUGAACAGCGACGUUCAGGAAGGAAGGGACUCGGACAUCUUCAGGGAGACCGUGGCUAAGCCCGCCACAAGGCGGAAGCUGCCCGUUACCUUAAGAGGCCGUUUGAGAGCCUCCAUCGAGCCCAGGCCCAGGACCACCAGCUCCGACGUCUUCGUUUCUGAUGUCGGGCCAGUGGACCCUCCAUCGGAUCUGCCCCCCUUGUCUUUAGACGGCGGUGACCGCGGCAAGUCCUUCAAAGAAGAGGACGCUGCGGACGAUCUGCGGGGCAUCGUCAGUCUGGAUGUCAACGUAGACACUCCUGCCUCUGUCACCUUAGAAAUUCCAUCCAAAGCAGAGAGUUCGCCCAUCGACAAAGAGGAGGACAUGUUGCGAGAGCUGCAGCAGCUGGCAGCUUCCGUGCAGCCGGCGACUGAAUCAAGCUCGAAUUCCGAUAUCGAAGGCACUGGCACUCCAGAUGCGAGGCUCGUCAUAACCCAAGAUCCACAUGGGCAUGGCAGUUCCGUUCAGGCUCCGGCCCCUGCGAAGCCACACGUGCCGACGGACCCACAGGAUUUGCUGCAAGCAUCGUCCGGAAGACGGGAGAGCGAAGAUCUGCUCGACAUCCUCGAGCAGCUGUCUGAUGACUCCUUGGAAGUCGCAGAGGAUGAUGCUGAGGAAGAAGAGGAGGAGGAGGGCGAAGAGGGGGAAGAGGGCGAAGAGGAAGAGGAGGAAUCUGAGGCUGCAUCUGCGACGAGAUAG